GGGAGCCAGGAGGGAACACACAGGAAAGGCAGGGCUGUGAGCCGGACCGGCCGUGGAGAAGAUGACUGUGUUCUUUAAAACACUUCGAAAUCACUGGAAGAAAACUACAGCUGGGCUCUGCCUGCUAACGUGGGGAGGCCAUUGGCUCUAUGGAAGACACUGUGAUAACCUGCUAAGGAGAGCAGCCUGUCAAGAAGCUCAGGUAUUUGGCAAUCAACUCAUUCCUCCCAAUGCACAAGUGAAGAGGGCAACUGUUUUUCUCAAUCCUGCAGCUUGCAAAGGCAAAGCCCGGACUCUAUUUGAAAAAAAUGCUGCCCCGAUUUUACAUUUAUCUGGCAUGGAUGUGACUAUCAUUAAGACAGAUUAUGAAGGACAAGCCAAGAAACUCCUAGAAUUGAUGGAAAGCACAGAUGUGAUCAUUGUUGCUGGAGGACUUGGGACACUGCAGGAGGUUGUUACUGGAGUUCUUCGAAGAACAGAUGAGGCUACCUUCAGUAAGAUUCCCAUUGGAUUUAUCCCACUGGGACAGACCAGUAGUUUGAGUCAUGCCCUCUUUGCCGAAAGUGGAAGCAAAGUCCAACAUAUUACAGAUGCUACACUUGCCAUUGUGAAAGGAGAGACAGUUCCACUUGAUGUCUUGCAGAUCAAGGGUGAAAAGGAACAACCUGUGUUUGCAAUGACUGGCCUUCGCUGGGGAUCCUUCAGAGAUGCUGGCGUCAAAGUUAGCAAGUACUGGUAUCUUGGACCUCUAAAAAUCAAAGCAGCCCACUUUUUCAGCACUCUUAAGGAGUGGCCUCAGACUCAUCAAGCUUCCAUCUCAUACACGGGACCCACAGAGAGACCUUCCAGUGAACCAGAAGAGACCCCUUCCCGGCCUUCUUUGUAUAGGAGAAUAUUACGGAGGCUUGCAUCCUACUGGGCACAACCACAGGAUGCUCUCUCCCAAGUGGUAAGAAACCCAGAGGUCUGGAAAGAAGUACAGCUGUCUACCAUUGAACUGUCUAUCACAACACGCAAUAGUCAGCUUGACCUGACAGACAAAGAAGACUUUAUGAACAUUUGCAUUGAACCUGACACGGUCAGCAAAGGAGACUUUAUAACUAUAGGAAGCAGAAAGGUGAGAGACCCUGAGCUGCGUGCCAAUGGUACCACAUGCUUCCAGGCCAGCCAGUGUGCAUUGCUUCUGCCGGAGGGGACAGUGGGCUCCUUUAGCAUCGACAGUGAGGAGUAUGAGGCAAUGCCUGUGGAAGUGAAACUGCUCCCCAGGAAACUGCAGUUCUUCUGUGAUCCCAGGAAGAGAGAACAGAUGCUGCAGAGCACAGCCCAGUGAGUGGGCAGAGGACGGGUGCUCCAGGAUUGCACUCCAGGCCACCCAUGGGACCAAAAGGAAACAGGUGCCUCAACUGUCUCAACUGUGUUGUCAGAGGACCCUAAGGGCCUUUUUAUGGCAAGGGACCUUCCGUCCUCCCCGAGUAGUGCUUCCCAAAGUGUAUGCUGCCACUCGCUUUGCAGUCAGCUUUCCGUGAGUGCAUGCUUUUGUUUUGGUGUGAUGGUUGGCCAUCCUACAUACUGAUUUUCCUUAGGCUGCUUCAAGAAAGUUUUCACACUCAGUGGAUGGAAAGGGGUUUUCUUUUGUUUUCUCCCAAAGUGCAACUAUAGUGGAGAGCAGGAUCCUUAGAUCAGGCUCCUCUGUUCUCAUUCUGUUCUUUGACAGUCCUAGGAAUUCCAGGGGCAGUGCCUGCCUUCCCCAGCUGCCUUUUCCUAUUUUUAGGCUCCUCUGGGGUGCUGCUGCUUUGUGAGCUCUGCUUCCUAUUUAGCUUCUGCUUUGGUUCUGUCCUCAAUCCUGAAACAUGCGUGCGGUUGUCUUCCUCUUCCACCAUGGCUACAAUACUGUAAAAUGCUAGUAUAUUUUUUUAAAGUAGUGCUUCUUAAAUGAUUUGCAUGAGAACUACCUGGGUGCAUGUUAAAAACGGAUUUACUUGGGAUCCAUCUCAAACCUGAUUACUCAAUUUGGGGAUGGGGCCCAGGAAUCUGCAUUGAAAAAAAAAAUCCAGCCACCCUUCCCAGGUGCUCCUAUAAGAGAUCCCUCAACCAUACUUAGAGAAACAGUGUUUUAAACAGUAGUCUCCAAACUAUUCUGCUCAUGCACCUCCCAGAAGUUUUUGGGAAAUCAUGUAUCCCCUCAUACAUCUAAGCUGGUAUCUAAAAUUUUUCAUGGAAGUUAAGCAGCUGCCAAAGCAUAUACUUUCUGGUGUUGUAUAAAUAUUGUUAUUUUAAAAUAAAAAUUGUUACAUUACUCUCUUAAACAUAGCCAGUGUAACUUAAAUUUCAUAGUAAUUUGACAUCCUUCAUUGAUUUAUAAUAAUAAAUGAACUAGUCGUUUAGUAGUUGCAAAUUGUUAAACUGACUUUUAUCUUUCUGUAUUUCCAUGCCACUUUAAGCAAAGAAUCUUAUCAUAAUGUAAUCUAUUUUUAUGCUUGACAUUUAAAAAUCAAUUACCUCAUCAUCUCACCAACAAAAAAUAUAAAUGGAAAUAAAUUUGUUUAGUUCUUGCUUUGUGUUCUCAGUACAGAACAAAUGUUAUAAUUAUGGUAUAUAAUUGAUGAAAAUAUUCUAAUUUUUGAUUAAAAAUUAACAUGUUAUUAGAA